GAGUUCUUUGAGCCGACAGAGGGGUGAGUGCCGUUGGCCAGAUGGCUCCGCUGCCAGCUUUGACUAACGAUGCCAGCGUUGCGAAUAAGCGCAACUUUCGUUAUUCACAUUACAUAGGCGACCCCCUUUUCCCUUCCAUGCUGUACUACCGACAGACCGAGCUCGAGCCGUACGGGCCCAAAUUGACCUACGAAGACGCUGCGUCACACAUCUUCUUCGAUUCGACGUGCCGACAGGUAACCACCGACAAGGGAUUCCGCAUGGCCAGGGCCAAUGUCGGCGUACGAGAGGGCAGGUGGUAUUGGGAAUGCAAAGUCAAGCAAGGCAUCCGGAAAGCCAAGGAUGGCGACUCGAAAUCGCAGACAAGCAACCACGUCCGAAUGGGCUGGGCGCGACGGGAGGCUUCCCUCGAGGCGCCUGUGGGAUACGAUGCAUACAGCUACGGUAUACGCGAUGUGACGGGGGAGAAGGUGUGGAUGUCAAGGCCAAAAGACUUCUUCCCACCGGGCGAGACCAUCCAUGAGGGGGAUGUCAUAGGUCUCGAGAUCCAAUUACCCUCUGAGCGGCUACAUCGCAGAGUUAUGGCCGGCACAUACAACCCUGCGGUCGACCCGCACGAAGAGCUGCAGCCCAAACGGACGGCCAGUGCUGCCAACAUUGUCCGCGAACGACCCGCGAUCCGACACAAAGCCAACAAUUACUUUGAGAAUAUCGAUUAUAGCUCGACAAAGGAGCUGGAAGAUCUCAUGAACCCAUCACCUCUGGGUCCAAGUGGUGCUAUGGAGGCACCAAACCCGUUGCAUGCGUCCCCGAGUCUGCGCACCUUGCCGAAAUCGUCCAUCCGACUAUACAAGAACGGGAAGCUCAUGGGCACCGCUUUCGAAGACCUACUUGGGUUCCUGCCACCAGCUUCGAAGCAACAGCAAGGAGCCAGGGAUGGGUUAGAUGAUGGCUCGUUGGGAUACUACCCCGCCGUCAGUGUAUUUCGAGGCGGCGCCGCAGAGGUAAACUUUGGACCUGACUUUUGGUACCCGCCUCCUGGAUACAAGUCAACCAAUGGCAAUAUGGAGAUGGUGAGCAACGGAGAAACUGGCGGUGUUGCUCGUCCCCUUUCAGAACGAUUCGAGGAGCAGAUUGCCGAGGAUGUAGUAUGGGACAUUGUCGACGAGGUCGACUUCUGGAUGCAGGACGGCCAAGGACCUCCAGGUAGCGGAGGUAUGGCGAGUGGUUCGGCCAAGGCUGGUCUCACGCACGGAAGGGGAAUUGCACAAGACGACUAAGUCAACCAUGAGAUACUCAGAUACCCAGCUGAAAAAGAAACGACACGUCAAGGUUGUCAUCACUUCAGGGGAG